AUGCUAGGACGUAAUAGAAGAAGAAAUAUGCUUGCCGGUGCCGGUGCAAUUACUUUAGGUGCAGUAGCUGCCAACGCAAUCAUCAAUAGAAAAUCAAAGACUCAACAGCCAGUUCAACAAGCUCAACCAGUACAACAACAACCUCCACCUCAACAUCAUGGGCACCAUACUUAUUACAACCAUGGAUAUCCACCACACGGACAAUAUGAUCAACCAGGUUAUAAUCCAUAUGGAGGUCAUCCCCCACCUCACGGUCACUAUCACCAGCCACCACCUCCAGGUCAUUAUCACCAACCACCACCACCUCAAGGUCAUUAUCAAACACAACAUGGAUAUCCUCCACCUCAUCACCACUCACACCCACAUGCUUAUCAUGGGUAUUAUGAUGACGAUUAUUCUCCUGAUUCAAAACGAUCGCCUCCACCUGUACCACCUAGACUGAGAAAGCCGGACUUUUCACGCGAUAAUAAACAAUCAGUAUCACCUCUGGUUGAAUCUCAACAUUUACAAGCACCUCCGCGUUAUAGUUUGUAA